GUUAUUGAAGCAUAGGUGAGAGCUGGCGUCUCCUGGCAACAGUAAACGUGCACAGGUGGCAGAAGCUCGGGCGAUGGAGCAGGUGAUAAGAGAUAUACUGCAAAAGCAUGGGAUUAAGAAAUCUGUCGAUGUCAGUGAGCUUUAUCUUGCGAGGAAAGCUCUUGCCAGUGUCUGCGACCUCUCUGGAUUCCCCAUGCUAAACUAUCUGUGGCUCAACAAUAAUAAGAUUAGGGAAAUUCCCUGCUUGACUUAUAACUACCGACUGACAGAACUGUACCUCCACAAUAAUGAAAUUACCAAUAUAACAGGGUGCCUGAACCACCUGACUUCUCUGCAGGUUCUCCUGCUUCACAAGAACCAGCUGCGGAAGCUGGGAGAGGCUGUGUCUGAGCUCAGGGGGAUGCAGUUCCUGAUGACACUCACUUUUUUCCUUAACCCAUUUGCCCAAGAUCCAGGCUAUCGGCUCCAUGUUAUUUAUUACCUACCAUCAGUUACAGUGCUUGACAGGCGAGCGUUUUCAAGCAGUUUGUUCUUCACAGCAAUAAAGCAAGAGGAAAGGAUUGCUGCAUCUCAUCUGUUUGAUCCUGAGCGAAACCGUGUCCUUCAGUCACUGGCUUUUGGAAGACGAGUAGAAAAACCCAUGAUCAUAAAAAAAACAACAGCGACAAAGGACAAAGGAGUUCCUGUAGACUACCAGGGCGCUGAUGGUAAGUAUGGGUUGAGAAGACAGCAACACAGGUUUCCCAGCAAGGACCAUCCAGAUCCUUCAGUAAUCAAAACCCUGCAAAGAUCAGUGAUGCAGUUCUCUUCCAUGGACUGGAAUAACAUACCUACUUCACAACAAAACCCCCCGGAGGACCAGCCUUCCGAAUCCCCUCGGAUUAUCACUGUGAAAUUCAGAUGACUGUCAGGAUACAGUUUCUUGUAGGGAAAUAAACGCACAGGUAUACAUCUUUGGAAAAUAAAGUGAUGCAUAUACAGUGACUCGCAAAACCCCAAAAGUUAAGAGUGCCAGUGGUUAAAAAAUAUGAGGUCAAACUUGAAUUUCUUUCAUUGGCGAUGGUCGGUUCCCCCAAAGCCUCAGUAAUUUUUGCAGUCCUAUUCUGCUGCCACCAACCUGUCAUUUCCACACUACUGGCCACUAAAUGCAAUUUCUUUAAAACCAGAUCUGACCAUGCCAUUUUUGUGCACAAAAUUUCAUGUCUUGUAAAGAAAUAAAUAUUAUGCCUCAU